AUGUCAGAAGUAGCUAGUAAAAUCAUAAAUAUAUUUGUUGGUGGGUCAGACAAAAAGGAAAAGAAGAUGGAUCCUGAGCGAAUCAAAGCCAAGGAGGCCAAGAAACAAGAAAAGAAGCAAAAGAGAUUGUCAAAGAAAUUGGCCAAGUCUAGUUCUUCAUCUUCUAGUGCUGUUUCAUCUGGUUCUGCAUCCAACUCUCCAAGUACCACCACCACAUCUGCAUCUACCACUACAUCGGUGAUUACUGGUCAUCCAACUUCAUCGUCGGCAUCGAUCGACAUUAUUAGCAACAGCAACAAUACAAGUAAUAUCGACACUCCAUUAUCAUCUCCAAGUAGUUCGCUCAACGAAUCGACCGACUCUUCCACCACCACAUCAUCGUCAUCUACAUCCAACUCAUUUUCACAAGUGAUUCCUACCAUUGACUCGAAUGGUACCAUUAUAUACGACUUUUCAGGCAGUACUGAUGCCGAUGCAUCAUCGCCAGUGACUGCACGUGGCGACAAGAGUUCUCCACAGGGAGCCGACUCGGGCUUGCCAACGACCAACCGUCGCAGCUGGUCCGAACAGAUCGAAGCCGACAAGGAAGCGUUUGUCGUCGAGCAAGACCGCGACUACAGUGCCGACAACAGCGUCAUCAACCAUCCAUCGUUCAACGAGCCAUCACGCGCCAAACGCAUCAAGGUGCAAAACAUUGCCAUCAUUUACAACCCAUUCUCGGGCAGUAAGAUUGGUGAAAAGAUUAUGAACGAAGCACGCAAAUAUUUUGAAGUACAUGGAUUGAACGUCAAGACGAUCCCCACCGAAUACAAGGGACAUGCUGAAGUGUUGUGUCGCGAUAUGGAUGUGUCGACCAUCGACGCAGUCUGUCUAGUCGGCGGAGACGGCACCAUCCACGAGGCUGUCAACGGUAUCAUGAAGCGUGACCCAGAGUCGCGUGAAAAAUCUCGCAAGAGUGCAACCGUCGUCGCGAGGAGUUCCGCCAGCUCAAGUCGUCGCUGGCCAACGUCGACCUCAACAGCAGCCAGCUGUCGCAGUCGCUCGACGAGAAGCGUCGCUCGUUCCAAAACCUCAAAGAGGUGCGUCCCGACAUUCUCAUGGACUUUGGCACACACAUCGCCGAGGAAGACUCGGACAACACCGAAAUCAUAUACAGCUUCAACUCGUUGCACUGGGGUCUCGGCAGCAAGGUCAAUGUCACCGCCGAGAAGAUGCGUUGGAUGGGCAAGGCCGUCCGCUACACCACCGCCGCCCUCAUCGAGCUGUUCAAGGGUGAAAAGAUCUUGGCACGUAUCGAGUGCUGCCAAGGGCAUGAAGAUGGCGCCCAAGGCCAAGCUCAACGACGGUCUCAUCGACCUCAUCCUCAUCAAGUCGCACAAGACAUUCGACCUCAUGAACGUCUUUACCAAGGUCUACGACGGCACCCACACCCAACUCGACUAUGUCAUCUACAAGCAAGUCAGACGUUUCAGUAUUACCCCCUUCAAAAAGGACAAGGAAAGAAAGAGAAAGAUCCACAAGGAAAAGAAGAGAAUCAGAUCGGCCAAACGUGCCGGUCUCGAACAUCACUCCAACCCACUCGAAAUCCUCAAAACCGAAUGUAAUACCAUCCUCUCGCAACUCGAAGAUCAAGUCGAAGAGGAAAUCAUCGAUGUCGACGGUGAACUCGUCGGUACCACUCCAUUUGUUUGUGAAAUCAUUCCAAGAUCUAUUAGAGUUGUUGCAAUAAUAUUAUUAUACCAUCAUCAUCAUCAUCAUCGUCGAGAGAUAGAGAGAGAAAGAUGGAUUGGUAAUUAA